GGAGAGGUAAUCACUUUAAAAGACGAUAUGAAUCUCACUUUGAAGAAUCAUCUCACACAAAAUCUUAUCAAUCUUCCUCGUUUUUUCUUUGAAUACUGCAAUUGUUAAGCAAGACUUUAAGAUGCAUUUUCCAAGUUUUCUCAUUGUCUCCAUCAAUACUUUUGGUGCAUUGGCAUACCCUCUUGGUACCACAAAUGCCGCAGUCUCUCCUGCUCCGGUCUCUGAGCUUUUUGUCUCUUCAAGCAAUACACCGGAGUACGACUGGCAGAGCAGUUAUGUGUCUCACUUCACGAUUCACCCAUCCUGCAAUGCAACAGAGCGUCAUGAGCUUAGCGAAGGGUUGAGACAAGCGGUUGAGAUGGCUGAGCAUGCAAAAAACCACAUCCUUGUCCAUGGUAACAAAUCCGGAAUUUUUCAAAAGUACUUCGGCAAAGGCCCCACUGCUACGCCAAUGGGGUGGUUCGACAAGAUUGCCUCUGGUAAUCGCGCUGGCAUCGUCUUCCGUUGUGAUGAUCCUGACCGAAACUGUGAAACUCAAGAUACAUGGGCAGGUCACUGGCGCGGUGAAAACGCAACAGCAGAAACCGUCAUAUGCCCGCUAUCAUAUCAAACCCGCCUUUCUCUCACCGCACUUUGCGCGCGAGGAUUCAAUAUCGCGACUGGCCGACCAGCAAAUUUCUGGGCCCCGGAUCUCAUGCACAGACUCUACCACGUCCCACUCAUUGGCGAAGAAAUCGUCGAUCACCAUGCUGACGGGUACCUUGGCGUUCAAGAGCUGGCCGCUGGUAGCAACUACACAUUGUCUGGACAUAAUAGUGCUACAUUGACGUAUUUUGCGACCGAGGUAUAUGCGUAUGAUAUUGCUGUUCCUGGCGAGGGAUGUUUAGGCAAGGCUAGUGCUGAGAAGGAGGAGGACUCCCAUAGCACUGCUACAGAGACUGCAUCGACUGCAUCGACUUCGCCGACUGUAAAUCCGACAAGAAUUAUCUCAGCUGAAAGCAGUCCCACUGCAUCUUCUCCUGCUGGGACCGAGUGUCAUACACAUGAUGACGGCACAUUGCACUGCGUAUAAACAACUCACUCUUAUUAUUGUAUAGUGGUGUGAUUAGCUCAUCAUGAACCAAUACAUAUUAAUUCCUCAAUAAAAGAAAGCUGAAGUGCCCAAAAACUACAAAAGUAAAUAAGCUCAUCUCUCACAACGUUCCCCA